AGGGCUGCAAAGUAUUCGGAGGGGACGCCUUCCCAUUUGCUCUGGCGGUUAAGGCGGGAAAGGGGUUGGGGGGGGGGCAGGCCUCAGGGAGACCCAUUGCUCCAACUGCUUGCUUUGGAAAGGCAUGGAAAUGAGGCGAAGCGGCGAGCGACGCUGGCAGGAUAAUGGGAGCAGCCUGCGAGGAGGAGAAGACGGCACCGGGGUGGGAAAUUUCGGGUCUUACCAGUGGUUGGGUCACCGUAUGCAGAAUAUUACUGGUGACAGAGGAGUGUUGAAAGAAAUAAUCCGAGAUGGCUCUGGUGAGACAGUCCCUCCUGAUUCAUCAGUAUUAGUGAAAUUUUCAGGGUAUUUAGAACACACGGACAGACCCUUUGAUACAAAUUGGUUCAAGAAAAACCCCAAACUCAUGAAACUUGGUGAAGAUAUUACUCUGAGGGGCUUGGAAGUUGGAUUACUCACAAUGAGAAAAGGAGAGUUGGCAAGAUUUCUCUUCAAGCCAAAUUAUGCCUUUGGAACUUUGGGUUGCCCUCCUUUGAUUCCCCCCAAUUCCACAGUCUUGUUUGAAGUUGAGCUUUUGGACUUUUUGGACUCGGCAGAAUCAGAUAGGUUCUUUGACCUGCCUCCUGAGCAACAGGAUAGAUUUCCACUGGAGAAAAUUAUAAAGGUAGCAGAAACAGAACGUGAAUUUGGCAAUUACCUCUUCCGUCAGACACGUUUCAUGGAUGCCAAGGAGAGGUACAAACGGGCCUCUUCAGUACUCAAUCGCAUAUGCGCCAAGGAGACUGAAAAAGACAAAGUUGAUGCUGCCAGGCUUCUGGUCUUCCUGAAUUUAUCUUUUGUUUGCUUGAAGUUGGAACGUCCAGAUCGAGCCCUAGCCUAUGGCGAAAAAGCCUUAGAGUUAGAUAAAAAGAAUGCUAAAGCCCUCUUCAGAUGUGGCCAGGCAUGCCUUUACUUGACGGAGUAUGAGAGAGCCCGAGAGUUUCUGGUCAAAGCUCAGAAAGAACAGCCCUUCAACCAAGAUAUUAACAAUGAGUUGAAAAAGCUGGCCAGCUGUUACAGAGAUUACAUGGAGAAAGAGAAGGAGAUGUGCUGUAAGAUGUUUGCUCCACUGAAUUCUCAUUCAUCAAAAGCAAACUUGGAAGAAUCUGGCUGUGCAGAAGAAAACUGAACUUAAGACAGAAGGAAAACCAUUUCAUUUUAUUUAUGAUGUGCAUCUUUUUUUUCAAUAUAUGGAAGAACUAUACUUCAUUUGAAAUAUUCAAAACAAUGUGAACUACAUGGUUUUAUAUGCAAAUAAGCACCAUGUUUGUAUAAGGGAUACUCUUAUUAGUGACAUUAUGUUGAAAAGAAGACCCAUUAUAAAAGGAACUCUGUCUCCAUUGAAACAUAUUGAUAAGUGAUUACUUGGAGAGAAAUUUAUUUUUCCUAUAAUUUCCUGUCUUAUAGGAUUAGGUUCCUUAGGAGGAUGUAAAUUUGAAAGAAUUAUGUUUUAUGAUUGUUUGAGAAUGCUCUUAAAGAGUGAUAUUCAUGAGUUAGAAAAAUAAAUAUGUCUUGAGAAAAAGUU